UCUCGGCUAUGCGAUAUGGGAAGGUACUUGGCGUUAAUGGUACCAAGAGAAGAGUAUAAGUCCCGCGCUCGUUUAACGACGUUGCCACAACGACAGUGAAUUGUGAUCAGUGAAGUUCUUCAAUUUUAAACGUGCUUUCUGUAUAUAGCAUUUACCCGCCAAGAAACGGUGUGAUUGAGUGUGGAUUGAGCAGGAAAAUUUCCAGGAUGGAUGAGACAGAUCAGGUGAUUGUAGCUAAGGCAACAGCCAUGGUGAUACUCUUCUUGGCAUCACUCUUAUUCGGCCUGGCUCCAUUUAAAUUGUCCAAAUGGCUGAAAUGGGAGACAUCAGAAAUUGGCCGGAAGUCCAGGACUGGUAAAACAAUUGGGUGUCUCUUGUGCUUUGGAGGUGGUGUUCUUCUGGCGACAACAUUUCUCCAUCUACUCCCAGAAGUUGCAGAAAAUAUUGAAGCUCUUGUAGAGUCUGGACAUCUUCCUGAGAUGCCUUUCCACACAGCUGAACUCCUCAUGUGCUCUGGCUUCUUCCUCAUGUGUCUGGUGGAAGAAAUCAUUCACAUCUACCUGAGACGCAGUCAGAAGAAACACUUGCCAGACUCUCCAGAAGGGGCCUUUGAGAGAGCUUCCAGACAAUCCUUCCGCAAUGGAAGUCUCUCAACCACUGAUCUCGUUUCUGCUGAUUCUAAUGAUAAGAGACAACAGAUGACUGGCCUUGACACCGUCCAUGCUCAAAUUCCCACAGGCCAUACUCAUCUCCAUGGACACACGCACAUGCCACAGCCUCGAGCUGAUCAGGAGGAUAUCCUGGUAUCAUCCCUGAGGGGUCUUUUAGUAGUCUUAGCCUUAUCCGUGCAUGAGCUCUUCGAGGGGCUUGCAGUGGGCCUGGAAUCCUCUUCAGGUACAGUUUGGUACAUGUUUGGAGCUGUGGCUGCUCACAAACUUGUCCUGGCUUUCUGUGUUGGCGUUGAGCUCGUCGUGACACGCACUCGAGGAUUCCUGGCUGUAAUCUACGUCACCACCUUUGCUGCAGUGAGUCCCAUUGGGAUUGGAAUAGGGAUUGGAGUGUCUGCAUCCGGAGACGCAUCUGCUACAUCCGUUCCAUCCGCCAUUUUACAAGGCCUAGCCACGGGAACUCUUCUCUAUGUGAUCUUCUUCGAAAUCCUCUCCAAAGAUCGUUCGGGUAUCGUGAAAUUUCUAGCUACACUCGUUGGUUUUGCCAUAAUGUUCGGACUACAGUUCCUCACCGGCCACGAUCACAGCCACGGUGGUGAUGAUGGGCAUGGGCACAGUCAUUCUCGACCCGCUAGAGUUCAUCUGGAAACUCCCAGUGCCAUCGCAAAAUCCACUGACUGAAUGGGGAACCCCACCUUAAUUUAUUCUCCUGGCUCCGGCCUCUCCAGUCAAUGAAUUUUAAUAGCAAUUGCAUCUUCUGUAUUGUACUGAAGUUUUUUUUUCUAAUUUUUACAUAUACAAGUGACAAAUAAAUAAUAAAUUACCAUCUAAAUUACCCAA